CGGGAAACCUCUUACACUUUUCGCGCGAAUUUCGAGUCGACUGAACACAAACAAUAUGGCGGCCCACUGCAGCCAAGAUGAACAAAAACAGAUUAUGAGGCAGCGGCUGUUAGAACUUGAAAGAAAACAUGCGAAAGCCUUGAGAAAACUUAAGAGAGCUGAGAUUACAAAGCAAAGGCGGCAAACCUUUGGUGGUUUCACAGUCCAAGAGGAGACCACAUACGGUGAUGCUCAAAACAGAUCCAGUAUUUCACUUUCUCGUGAAUCAUUUUCUCCCGGAGACGCAAAUUCAAGUUCCCUUUCAGCUCACAAGAAAGGAGUCUGUAAAACUGUGACAUUUGAGGAUGUUGUAGAGACUCAUCAGCAACCACUUUGUGAGAGGAAAUCAGAAAAUAAAAAUGGGAUAGAUGUGGCUUUCAGUGGAACGUCCAAACAAAGAUCUGCCCUUGUGGAAUCGUGCAAACAAAAUGAGAAUGCCAGUAAAAUAGCACAGAUUUGUAUUGGGAGCAACAAUAUUCAUGGUUUUGAAACAGACAAUGUGUGGGUCAAAUCAUGCAGUGAUGAUAUUACAUUAUGUGACAAUGCAGUGCUUCCUGAAAACAGUACAGUUAUAUCAGAGCACAAGGAUUUUUCCAAGAGUGAGGUUGACCAAGGCCAAACUUUAAGAAAUGCUGCUUGUUCUUGUGGAAAUGAGGAUGUACAAAUUCCUUCAAGGAACAAUGAAAACAGUGAAUCAGCAAAUGAAAUUUAUUUUGAUAAUUGUGGAAAAGAAAUGACUGCAACCUCUGAAGUAGUUGAACCUCUAAGUAUAGGAACUGUAUCAGUUUUUAAUCCAGAUGCCCUUAACAAUGAAGGCAUACAGGAAUGUUUGGCAAAAGGUGAAGCUUCUGAAAAAGCAGCUGAGGCACCUGAAAAGAAAAAUGGUAUUAGCUGCCCCUCUGUUCAUGAAAAUGGAAGUUUAUCUUUAGAAAGCAGGCAUUGGAUGCAUCUAUUUGAAGAAGAGUUUCCAAGGAGAUCUCCAAGACUACAGUCCACACCCAGCUUUGGAAAGCAAUCACUUGUUUCCAAGGAUUGUUAUUCUACACAAUCAAAGAAAACAAAAUCAUACAGAUCAAAACAAUCUAGACCGAAAAAAGGAAUCAAUUCACAAAGCAAAAGUAAAACCAUGAAAUGCAGUGCAGAACAAUCAUCAGUAACUUUGAAAGACAAUUCACAUGAACAAAGUUUGUCCAAGGGUUUUGUGUUCCCAAGACCCUCCUCAGAUGAGGCAAAACCUGGUGGUCCUCUGGGUAUCAUUGUAGACUUUUCUUUGCCUGAUAAAGAGUUUGCAAAGUUGAAACUUGCAAAAAUCAAAGCUGCUUUGCCAGCUGAGAGGAUCAGUAGAGAACUAAAUAACAAAAGUACAGUAAAGGUGAAAGAACAUGACACUAUGCCAAAGAGAAAGAAGGCUUUACAGGAGUUGAGUGGUGGUGAAAUCAAAGAGGACUGUUAUCACAAUUUUAUUAAUUCAUCAAUAGUAUCUUCAAUGCAAUUUGAUAGCACAAGUAAACCUGAUGAAUUGGAAAGUGUCUCUAUUACAGACACCUCAGACAGAAAGAGUAUCAAUCAAGCGCCACAAUUCAUUUCCACAUCUGGAAACUUAGAGAGUCAAAAAAAUUCAGAGCAUUGUGUAAAUCAGUUCUCAUCAAGUCCAAAACACCAAUAUGAUCUUCAGUUGAAACAUGAGCAAAUGAAUAAUAGUGAAGUAGACUUCUCUCCAAGGGAAACAUUGCAAGAAAAUCCUAUAAUAGGUGUAAAGCCUUGUUUACCUUAUCAGGUAGAUGAAAAGUCAGUCAGUGAAGUAAACAUUGGGGAAGAAACAAGCAGUAUUACACACUCAACCUGUUAUAUUCCUCUUAAGGAUAGUGUUGAUGAUAAAAUUGAUGUUGUAAGUGACAGCGGUGAUGAAAACAACAAAGAGAUUAUGGAUACCUCAGACCUUGAUGAUGGAGCAUUGGAUAAAAAUUUUCCACAUCAGUGUGGUCAUGAGGGACCAAAAUUAUGUAAAGAAAUUUCCAGUGAUAGGCAGCCUAAAUUUACUUCCAAUUCUCCUGAAAAAGAUGGUGUGAAGGAAACUAAAGCUAGAAAAGUUUCAUGUGAAGCUGAUUCAGUCAUUUACAGAAGUCAACCAAGUUUACUUCAUUUAGAAGAACAAAUAUUAAGUCCAUCGCGUCCUGAACCUAGCGUUGGUGAACAAGCUACUCCUCAUGGAAAAAUGACUGAGCCUUUAGAGAGCUCACAGUCAUCCUGUUUAAGAUCACCAGAGGAUCAAUCAGAACUGACUCCCAUGCUGAUGAUGGCCUGCUUACAGCAUCAUAUGGAGGGUGAAUGCAAUGUUGUCAGGUCUGUUUCUCUGUCAUCAUAUGAGCCAGCAAGUGGGAAAGAUGUAACAGUACCAAAGAUGAAGAGAGAUGUUCUGGCAGUUUGUUUGGCUCAUUUAAUCGUCAUCUGGACAGUUGUACCUGAAUUGCAAUGGACUGUACUUUACAAAUGGAGUCUUCCUUCAAAUGGAGGGGAGGAGUUUGCGAGUGUUCAAGUUGUGCCAAGGAAUUCUCAUGUUGUCCUUUUGGUUGGAGGGAAUUUCUGUGGUGGAAAUGGGAGGAGAUAUGUGUAUGAAAGUAGAGGAAAACACUGCAAGCAAAGAAAGCAGGCAGAUUUUCAAAAAGGGGAGUGUUUUGACCUCUCUCCAAAAACUGAUGGGAAUGUUGAUCCUCAGAAAUUUAGAACGUAG